UUAUUAUUAUAUUAUUAUUAUUACUAUGAACGUCAUUUAAAAGGUUAAUCGGAUUUCGCACGAUUUUCUAUUUCGUUUACCUUCAGAUCCCGUUGUCCUAGAAAUUAUGGCAUAACUGCCCCAACGUUUCGUCGAUCCGUGCGUAGUGUUCAGUGCUUUAAUUUGUACGUAGUUUGAAAAAUGUUAACGUUGGACGUCGUUCCUGAAAGGUCUCUGGGAUGCGAACAAUGGGAAUUCGUUCUGGGUAUGCAUUUUUGUCAAGCUGUUGCAAUAAUUCAGUCUCAAGUUGGCAUUAUAAAAGGGGUUCAAGUUUUGUAUAGCGAUAAGAACCCUUUAGAUAUUGAUCUCAUAUUAGACCUUCCUCAAGAUGGUAUUCGAUUUAUAUUUCAUCCUGUAUUUCAACGAUUAAAAAUGAUUGAAAUAGUUAACCUGAAAAAUAUUAAACUGAAAUAUUGUGGUAUGGUGUUCAAUGCUCCAGAAGUGAUGCCUACCAUACAACAAGUAGAACAUACGUUUGGUGCUACUCAUCCUGGUGUUUUUGAUGCUGAAAAACAGACAUUUACAUUAAAUUUCCGAGGAAUUUCAUUUUGUUUUAAUGUUGAUUCAAAAUUUCAAGCUGGUAGUGCUCAGUGUGGACUAGGAUCUUUACAGUUUGCCAGUGGAGCUUCUCCAAAUGUUAGUCGUGUACUUAUAUUCUCUGGAAGUCCGCUUCCUGGUCAAGAUAUACUAAAUGUUCCAUGUCACCCUUUAUCAUGUUAUAAAGGGUUAACUUAUUUGGAACGAUUAGAAGUGCAAAGAGAUCAUACCAAUACAAAAAGUUUUAUGAUUCAAUUGUAUUUGGAAGGUUCAGGUUCAAACCGUGGUCGUAAAGUGUAUCAUAAUCGUGAAAUUUAUUUUGGAAUGUCAUGUCAAGAUGUUACUUCUAUGUUAGGUACCCCAUCACAAGUCUUUUAUAAAUCUGAGGAUAAAAUGAAAAUACAUUCUCCAAAUGUUCAUAGACACAUAUCUGUUCCUAGACGAUCAGACUAUUUUUUCAACUAUUUUACCUUAGGAUUUGAUAUACUUUUUGAUGCCAAAACACAUAAGGUUAAAAAAUUUAUUAUACACACUAAUUUUCCUGGUCAUUAUAAUUUUAAUAUUUAUCAUCGAUGUGAAUUUAAUAUUACAUUAAUUUCUGAAAAAUCAAAAUGCAAUUUAUCUAAUGAUUGUAAAAAAUAUAAUGAUAAAAAAGCAAAACCAAUAAUUGUAAAUACAUUUACCAAAUGGGAUGAAAUAUCUGAAAGAUUUAAACACAGUGAAAGACCUGUUGUAUUAAAUCGUGGAUCAUCUGAAAAUUCUACUAAUCCAUUUGGAUCAACAUUUUGUUAUGGUUACCAAGACAUGGUUUUUGAAGUUAUGCAAAAUCAGCAUAUUGCUUCUAUUACAUUUUAUAAAAAUGACACUGCAGAUGAAGUAUGACAAAAAUUAGACGCCACAUCAUAUCCAGUGGCUGUUAUGUUCUUAUAAUCAAAGUCUCUGCCCAUGACCAACAGUAUUUACAUAUUUUUUAAAAAUGUGUUGUAUAAAAAAAUCUUGGAUCUAUCAAAAAAAUAAAAAUAAAUUAU